AUGCGUCUUUUUGUGCCCGUCUUCCUGCUCGCCGCCUCGGCAUUCACACUCACUCUACAGGAGGUUCGUUAUCCACACAUUUUUGUGGAUAAACUGGUUCUAUCCAUUGUUUCAUCGAAAAUUGGAAAAAAAGCGCUUGUUAAAGCACAGUUUUUCUCAGGUUAUUGGCGAUUGGAAAAGUUGAAAAAAUUACAAAAUCUUCUGUUUCUAUCAAAAGUUAUGUAUCCCCAAGUUAAACAUUUUUUAAAGCCUUAAAAAAAUCUCCGAUUUUUGUAGGCGUGCGAUGGUUCCACACCUGAAAUGCGUUCGUUCCGUCAAAUUCGUCCGACCAACUUCAUCACCGGCUCGGGAAACACGACGGUGACGUCACGCGACGAGUGCGCCAAAAUUUGUGCGGAAAACGAAAACUGCGCGUUCGCCUAUUUCCUCUCCAACAAUUGCUAUCAGGCCAACUAUUUCACGACGACUUUGAAGCGUUGGGUGCCCGGAGAGACUCUGGUCAAGGUGAGUGAGGGGGACUAGAAAUUGCGGGAGCGAGAAGUUAGGCCACGAAAACGGUCUGGCGCAAAUUUUGCAUUUUUUUUUCAGCUGUUCCGCGACGAGAGCAGCUGCAACACGACAUUCCCGCAACUGAUGAGCAAUUCGGUGAAAUUCAGUCUGAAAAGCCGUUCGGGCGCUUCGUACAGCUACGCGAUCGCCGAUUCGGCCGUCACUUUCACCUACACCGCCGAUGCGGCACAGUUCGGAAAAAAGAAGAGACGAUAA